GUCUGUGAGGAGUCAUCACCACAGAAGACAAAGAUGAGGCAGACAGCUAACAUAGGGCCUCCAAGGAUCAGACAAAAUCCUCCUAACGCUCAUGGAGAGACUCCGACAAUAUCAAAAAGGGACUUUGCGCCAUCUGCUUUCAACCUGAACCAGAGCAGUGCUGUGUGCCUCCCCCUGGUCUCUGAGAGUCAGAGGCUCAUAUGGGUAAACUCGAACCAGAUCGACCUGCAGCUGGAUGGUGCAGCAGAACUCGAAAAGGCUUUCGACAAGUUUCCAUACUUGACGCCGACACAGACAGAAGGGCUGGCGCAGCGCUGCUCCCUACACCCAGACCAGGUGAAGGUGUGGUUCAUGCUACAGAGGCUCCGCUACGGCAUCAGCUGGGACUAUAAAGACAUCUGCGAGAUCCGGGGGAAGUUCAAAUCAAACCUGGGAAAGGAAGAGCAGCAGAACGGGAUGAGAAAAGAGGUAAAAGAAGAUAGUGGAGAGAUGAAGGUGCAGGAAAAAGAGGUGAAGGAGCGUGGUGAGAUUAAGGCAGGAGAGGUGAGGGAGGAAAUGGAGAAAGGGAAGAAAAAGCGAAAAAGGAAUACAUCGACCAACAGGAUGAGAAAGAAGAGAACAAAUCAGCAGGAGGAGGGUGUCACAGAGGGAGCAGGAGGCGUAGAAAUAAGAAGAGAUAAAGUUGAGAGGCAGUGGCAAACAUCUACCCCGACAUCGCUUUUCACCAGAAAGAAAAAGGAAGCUAAAGCAAAGCAAAGAUUGCCACCCCUCUACGAGUGGCCAGCUCAGAAGAGCUUUGUGGUGCCCGAUGAGAGGCUGGAUGCAAGUUCUCCGCUCAUCCUCCAAGCUUUUGAAGCACCUCCACUGACCGAACUGCAGGGAAUAGUUCACAGCUUCCCCUCCUCCGCCUCAAAUGUUACUGCGACCCCUGUGAACGGCGGCUUUGAUGAGAAACCAGAAAUGGAAGCUCAACCGCAGGGAGGACUACACGAAGAGUUUACAAACGACGACAGCACCGUCACUGAUGUGAGCCAACUGAGGGAUUACAUAAUGAACAGUAAUCCUGUCGUCGCAGACGUCUCUCAAGAGUACUCUCAAGAGGUGUACGCACUCCCCACUCGGAUCCGCUGGCGAACGAAAACGCAGACCCAGCUGGCGAUGAUGAAGGUGGCUUUUGCGCGCUGCCAGUAUCCAGACAGCGAGUGCUACAACAUGCUGUCGGAGGAGAUUGGCGUUCCCCGCUACGUGUUGGUGCAGUGGUUCGGCGACAUGCGCUAUUACAUCAAGAGAGGAAAGCCACGCUGGAUGAAUGAGGAGCAGCACAGCCAAGCGCUGGCCAACAUCAGGUACAGGCAGUUACUAAAAGCGCUGGAGAAGGAGCAGUCAAGCGAGGGCGACCGAAAACCAACUAUAAAGAUGAAGCUGGAGACGGGCAAAAGCUACAGUGAUGGUGAAAGUGUGCAGGUGCCUUUGGAGUAGAAAUAAUGCCACAACGUCUGUGCAUAAAAAUCCCACAAAAGGGAAUGAAGAUGAAUCAUUUAUGAACGUUUGGAAAAGUUUGUGCAUUUUUAGUUAGAUCAAGUUGUUUGUUAUGGAGUUGAACUUUAAGACGCGUUCUUGUGAAUUUACACGUUCUGUCAUAAGGAGAAAAAAAAGUUUUAUUAAUGUUAUUGUGAUUAUUUAAUAUGUUUAACAUGGUUGUACAGCAUUUUCCAAUGGUUCUUAUUUGCAUUCUACAAAGAUUGUUAAUGAUCUUUUCAUGUGAUUGUACAUGAAGGCGUUCCUUUGUGCUGUGCAGACUUCUUUUGUUAUUCAAGUAAAACACUUUCAUUGCUUGUUUAAAAAUGGCUCUUAUUUUAGUCAUAUUCCACACACAAAAGCAUUCAUAAACUAUGAAAUAAAUUAUAUAUAUAUAUACUGUAAUACUU